GCGCGGAGGGGCCGGCGGAGAGCCGCGGAAGUGCACUUGCUGCAGCCAUUUCCUGCUCUUUGUGCGGGCGGCGCGGAGCAUCCCGCGGAGCAUCCCGCGGCGCGGAGCAUCGCGCCCGCCGAGCGCAGGUUACCCAGGGGCUUGGCAUGAGAGCUGAAGGUGAGAGCUCAGGAGGUGACCAGAAGUGUGGGAACUGAACAUCCAGAACCAUGACGACUCACGUCACGCUGGAGGAUGCCUUGUCCAACGUGGACUUGCUGGAGGAGCUGCCUCUGCCAGACCAGCAGCCAUGCAUCGAACCACCUCCCUCCUCCAUCAUGUACCAGGCUAAUUUUGACACAAACUUUGAGGACAGAAAUGCCUUUGUGACCGGCAUUGCCAGGUACAUCGAGCAGGCGACGGUGCACUCCAGCAUGAAUGAGAUGCUGGAAGAAGGCCACGAGUACGCCGUGAUGCUCUACACGUGGAGGAGCUGCUCACGAGCCAUCCCUCAGGUGAAAUGUAACGAACAGCCAAACCGAGUGGAGAUUUAUGAGAAGACAGUGGAAGUCCUGGAGCCAGAGGUCACCAAGCUUAUGAAGUUCAUGUAUUUUCAGCGCAAGGCGAUCGAGCGGUUCUGCAGUGAGGUGAAGCGCCUGUGCCACGCGGAGCGCAGGAAGGACUUCGUCUCCGAGGCCUAUCUCCUCACUCUGGGCAAGUUCAUCAACAUGUUUGCUGUCCUGGAUGAGCUGAAGAACAUGAAGUGCAGCGUCAAAAACGACCAUUCUGCUUACAAAAGAGCUGCCCAGUUCCUGCGGAAGAUGGCAGACCCCCAGUCCAUCCAAGAGUCCCAGAACCUCUCCAUGUUCCUGGCAAACCACAACCGCAUCACGCAGUGUCUGCACCAACAACUAGAGGUUAUCCCUGGCUAUGAGGAAUUGCUGGCUGAUAUUGUCAACAUCUGUGUGGAUUACUAUGAAAACAAGAUGUAUCUUACUCCAAGUGAGAAGCACAUGCUCUUGAAGGUGAUGGGAUUUGGCCUGUAUCUCAUGGAUGGGAACGUCAGCAACAUUUACAAGUUGGAUGCCAAGAAGAGAAUCAACCUUAGCAAAAUAGACAAAUUCUUCAAGCAGCUGCAGGUGGUCCCUUUAUUCGGCGAUAUGCAGAUAGAACUGGCCAGAUACAUUAAGACCAGUGCUCACUAUGAGGAGAACAAAUCCAAGUGGACGUGCACUCAGAGCAGCAUCAGUCCCCAGUACAACAUCUGUGAGCAGAUGGUGCAGAUCCGAGAUGACCACAUCCGCUUCAUCUCGGAGCUCGCUCGCUACAGCAACAGCGAGGUGGUCACUGGCUCAGGACUGGACAGCCAGAAAUCGGAUGAAGAGUACCGGGAGCUCUUUGAUCUCGCUCUACGGGGACUGCAGCUGCUGUCCAAGUGGAGUGCCCACGUCAUGGAAGUGUACUCUUGGAAGCUGGUUCAUCCCACAGAUAAAUUCUGUAACAAGGAUUGCCCAGGAACAGCCGAAGAGUAUGAGAGAGCCACCCGGUACAACUACACCAGUGAAGAGAAGUUUGCCUUCGUGGAGGUAAUUGCCAUGAUCAAAGGUCUGCAGGUGCUGAUGGGCCGGAUGGAGAGCGUCUUCAACCAGGCCAUCCGCAACACCAUCUACGCGGCCCUGCAGGACUUCGCGCAGGUGACCCUGCGGGAGCCGCUCCGCCAGGCUGUCAGGAAGAAGAAGAACGUCCUGAUCAGUGUCCUUCAGGCAAUUCGGAAGACGAUCUGUGACUGGGAGGGGGGUCGAGAGCCUCCAAACGAUCCCUGCCUGAGAGGUGAGAAGGAUCCUAAAGGUGGAUUUGAUAUUAAAGUCCCACGACGAGCAGUAGGACCGUCAAGCACACAGCUUUACAUGGUGAGGACCAUGCUGGAGUCCCUGAUAGCAGACAAGAGUGGCUCAAAGAAGACGCUGAGGAGCAGCUUGGAUGGGCCAAUAGUCUUGGCCAUCGAGGAGUUCCAUAAGCAGUCCUUCUUCUUCACCCACCUUCUCAACAUCAGUGAAGCACUGCAGCAGUGUUGUGACCUGUCCCAGCUCUGGUUCCGGGAAUUCUUCUUGGAGCUGACCAUGGGCCGCCGCAUCCAGUUCCCCAUCGAAAUGUCCAUGCCCUGGAUCCUCACGGACCAUAUUCUGGAAACCAAAGAACCCUCCAUGAUGGAGUAUGUGCUGUACCCCUUGGACCUCUAUAAUGACAGCGCAUACUAUGCUUUGACCAAGUUCAAAAAGCAGUUCCUAUACGAUGAAAUUGAAGCUGAAGUGAAUUUGUGCUUUGAUCAAUUUGUGUACAAGCUGGCAGAUCAGAUCUUUGCCUAUUAUAAAGCAAUGGCUGGCAGUGUUUUAUUGGACAAACGUUUCCGGGCUGAAUGUAAGAAUUACGGGGUGAUCAUCCCGUACCCUCCAUCCAACCGCUACGAAACACUGCUCAAGCAGAGGCACGUCCAGUUGCUGGGUAGAUCAAUUGACCUGAACAGGCUCAUUACCCAGCGCAUCUCGGCAGCGAUGUACAAAUCGUUAGACCAGGCCAUUAGCCGCUUUGAGAGCGAGGACCUGACAUCCAUAGUGGAGCUGGAGUGGCUCUUGGAAAUAAAUCGGCUGACUCACAGGUUGCUGUGCAAGCACAUGACCCUGGACAGCUUCGAUGCCAUGUUCCGGGAGGCCAACCACAACGUGUCCGCGCCCUAUGGGCGCAUCACCCUCCACGUCUUCUGGGAGCUCAACUUUGACUUCCUACCCAACUACUGCUACAAUGGAUCCACCAACAGGUUUGUGAGGACAGCGAUCCCGUUCACACAGGAACCCCAGCGGGACAAGCCAGCCAAUGUUCAGCCCUAUUACCUCUACGGAUCCAAGCCUCUCAACAUUGCCUACAGUCACAUCUACAGCUCCUACCGCAAUUUUGUGGGGCCACCUCAUUUCAAGACAAUCUGCCGCCUUCUUGGCUACCAGGGCAUCGCAGUGGUCAUGGAGGAGCUGCUGAAGAUCGUCAAGAGCCUGCUCCAGGGCACCAUCCUGCAGUACGUGAAGACUCUGAUCGAAGUAAUGCCCAAGAUAUGCCGCUUGCCAAGACAUGAGUAUGGCUCUCCAGGAAUCCUGGAGUUUUUCCACCAUCAGCUGAAGGACAUCAUUGAGUAUGCAGAGCUGAAGACCGAUGUGUUCCAGAGCCUCAGAGAAGUGGGCAAUGCCAUUCUCUUCUGCCUCCUUAUCGAGCAGGCUUUGUCCCAGGAAGAAGUUUGUGAUUUGCUGCAUGCUGCUCCCUUCCAAAAUAUUUUGCCCAGGGUCUACAUCAAAGAAGGAGAACGCUUGGAGGUGCGCAUGAAGCGUCUCGAAGCCAAGUAUGCCCCACUUCACCUGGUUCCCUUAAUAGAGAGGCUGGGCACUCCGCAGCAAAUAGCCAUUGCCCGGGAGGGCGACCUGCUGACCAAGGAGCGGCUGUGCUGCGGGCUGUCCAUGUUCGAGGUGAUCCUGACGCGGAUCCGGAGCUACCUGCAGGACCCCAUCUGGCGCGGGCCGCCCCCCACCAACGGGGUCAUGCACGUGGACGAGUGCGUGGAGUUCCACCGGCUCUGGAGCGCCAUGCAGUUCGUGUACUGCAUCCCCGUGGGCACCAACGAGUUCACCGCAGAGCAGUGCUUUGGAGAUGGUCUGAACUGGGCUGGUUGCUCUAUUAUUGUUCUCCUUGGACAGCAACGGCGCUUUGACCUCUUUGAUUUCUGCUACCACCUGCUGAAGGUGCAGAGGCAGGAUGGGAAGGAUGAAAUCAUAAAAAACGUGCCCUUGAAGAAGAUGGCCGACAGGAUCAGGAAGUAUCAGAUCCUGAACAACGAGAUUUUUGCCAUCCUAAACAAGUACAUGAAGUCAGUGGAAACAGACAGUUCCACGGUGGAGCACGUGCGCUGCUUCCAGCCCCCAAUCCACCAGUCGCUGGCCACCACCUGCUAGUGUGGACACGGACCCCACGUGGGUUGGGAAGGGAGAAGGGACUGGACCCAAACCAGCUGGGAGGGGUAAACUUGGUGUGAGACCUGGCAGCGAAGUGACGCUGGGUCUGCCUCUACACCCGAGGACGCAUCUUCCCCUCGGCCCCGUCUGAGUGCAUGUUCCUCUGUACCAUCCCUGUGAUCGGUUUUACUCGUAGCUUUCGGACUUGGGGGUGGGUGGGGGUGGGUGGGCAAAACGUGCUUUUAUUCCAUGAAGUGGUCUGGUUUCUCCCUGUGGUUUGCCCAGUCAGACACAUCGCUCUGAGGCUGUAUUGCAGCCCCCUGCGUGGGGUCCUGCUGGAGGAGUCCCUUGCUUCCACAGCGCCGGGAACCCGCUCCCACUGCAGGAGCAAUGGGGCAAAUCAACCCCCCCAUGACAUGUGCCACCAGCCACAGAGCAGGAGGGUCUGAAACAAGUCCCUGAUUCACUCUUUGAGGGGAAGAAGGGAUGAAGGCAGGAUGUCACUGCGCCCUGAGGAUGAAGCAGGAGGUGCAGAGGAGCCCUGCUGGUGGGGGUCAUGGAUGGCUGUGUGCCCCAGGCUGGGUGGGCUUCAUACUCUCUGCCUCUCCAGAGUUUUUUAGAGGGAGCUUUGGCAUGUGGGCUUCAGAAUAGCAGUGAUGUAGUCACCAAGUAACUCCUGAGCACUUCAGAGAGCUGGGGAAAGAGAAAAUGGCCUGGCUUUUUCCCUGCUAUGGGACAUCCACUUAUUUUAAAGCAGAGGUUUUCCCCUGAAGACACAUCUUCCAUGGAAUAAAUCAUAUUUCCUAUGGACUACAGAAGAGGCUGCAUUCAUGUGAAUGUGCUCUUGAACAAAUUAACUUGGGUGGAAAUAAUCACUGGUCCUGACAGAAUGCAGGUGUAGUUACCUUGAACAUAUGGGAUCUUUGAUCUUCAGCCAAGGAUGAGAGCUGGGGUGUAUAAUCUCUGUAUGUUCAGGAAUGCUGUUUUCCCUUGGUUUAGACAAAAUCCUAGUGGCACAGUGACCAAAUACCUUUCUCCAGAGAAUGGUGACUAUUAGCAGGGCUUAGGAAACUUCCCAUCACUCAGAAGUGAUGUAAUUGUUUAGAAGAGGUAAAAUAUAGGAUAAGCAUUAAAAAAUACCACGAAUUUUGCAAGUUUAAAGGCUUUCAGAGGGAAUACUGGAGUCUGUUUCCUUUUCCUACUCAGUUAAUCUAAGAUCCCUGGAUAAUUAGAACAAAUUCAGGUGGAACCUGAAGGAGGAUUUCAUAACUCAUGGUCUUCCCUGCUUCCCCUCAGUAGUGUCAUUGGAGUGAUAAAAAAGCUUGUCCUUGAAGAUGAAGGAGAUCAAACCACAUGCUCCAAGAGAAAAUGAUCCCAGCCUCACCACUGGCAGUGUUUCCUCAGCUUUAGCCUGGCCACAGCAGAUAACUUGUGACAGUAUACAGAUGUGAUAAUAUAUAUUCCUUUCAUGCAUUUCAUCAUGCCUUGUAAACUGUAUGCUGUUACAGCUGUUAAAAGGCAGAGCAUGGGCAUUAAUUCUCUCAGAGGGAACAUAGAAUUAAUUAGCAGGAAUGUCCCAGCUGGAGUAUUUUGUCUUAGGAAACAAGAGCCAAACUACUGUUGGCGAGAGGUGAUCUUGGUGGGUGGGAUGAAUUUCUUCUCUCGGACCUUCAUCACCUACUCCCGUGGUAAUCAAUAAAUACCCCACACAUGAUAAGUGCUGGACAUUUUCACACCUUAAGAUUUUUUUAAUUACUGAGACAGACAUUUCAACUGCAGGGAGGAAACUGUGCAGCACAGUAAUCUGAAAGUAAAAUGAAAUCUCAGGAAUUCUGGCUGAAAUCCUGGAGUGGCGGGGAAGGAACCAACCCAACAAGGCAAGUUGUUUCCUCCAUGUUGUGAGGAAGACCAGCAGAAGAGCAUCUGUUAACACUAACAUGGCCCUUGCUCUCUAUUUGCUUUUCCACUAAGGAUGUCAGUUCUGUUUUUCCAUCAUGUUCCAACACUUCUACACUGCUGGAGUGAGGGUAUUUAAAGAUCUGUAUUUUUAAAAGGAAGAGGAGAACCAAGCACUUUAUUUUUUGUGGAAAAUAAGAUAUCAGGAAGAUAGAUCCAACCAAGAUCCAAUUUUUGCUGACCUAAAUAGUAAGUGCUUGUUAUUUUGGUAUGAAAGUGUUGUUGAAAAGGUGGCAAAAGUUCCUGUCUGGCUCUCAGAGCUGCCUCUAGGCACAGCACAAAUUAAAUGUCCUACUGCAUCUGUUAUUAUGGGAUGUUGGAGUCUUUUCAGAAACCAGCAUGAGCAA